ACCCUUGCCUGUACAUCCCUCGUUUCGCCCACAUGCUGGAAUUUGGGGAGAAGACCCAUGAAGUGUCCAUGACGGCACUGCGCCUACUGCAAAGGAUGAAGAGGGACUGGAUGCACACGGGCCGCAGGCCCUCUGGGCUGUGUGGGGCAGGUACGUCGGUUGCCACGGGGAUGAACUUUAGGACCUGGCCUAACCUUUGGAGUGACCAGUCUCUCCACCUGAAGGUCUCGAUCGGCGCAAUUAUUCUUAUGCAAUAAUUCCUGUCCAAAAGUGCCAGCAUGACACUUUUAGAAUAGACAGAAUGCUAGAACCAUAGAUUCAACUGUUUUUGUCACUGAAACACUAGUCUUAACUCAGAUUGAAGUGACAGUUAAUAUUCCUUUAUGAAUGUGUUGUGGGUCGCAGAGAAGCAACAAUCAUGAAAGGCUGUAAAGCCUACUCAGUACCUAGCCUGGAGUCUAAGAACACAGUGUUCAAAACCUAACAGCUUGAGACCCUUCUGCCCCCUAAAGCAGGGCAUUUAAGCUUCUAUUCUAUUCUGCGCUGUGCAGUCAGCAAGAUCCCAUGGUUUAGGAAUAAAUAGCACAACAAGCUUCCUCCCCACGUGUAAAGUUCAGCUCUUCUGCCACCCGCCUUCCCUCCCCAAUAUCUGCUGCCUGCUGCGAUAUCUAAAUAAUUCAUAAUUUAUUCAUUAAUCAUUCAAAAUAUUUGGAGCAAUGGAGGGGAAGUUUAGACGAGGACACGGUGGCUUUAAAUGGCUCCUGUCCUCUGUCGGUGGAAGAUGCGGUGUACAGAAAAGCUGUCUCCUCUAUCCGUGAGGUCUGUUCAGAUAUAGAACGACAAAAGUGUGCGCAAGUGCAACGCGGUGACAGCACAACAGCCUCUUGUGUCUCUUCUCGCAUGGAAAGAAGAGAUUGGGUCUAACCUACUUAUUGCAGUCCCAACCAGUGUGUACAGACCAUUAGGGUAUAGAUACUCUGGUCAAAAACACUUGUCACGAAAAACAAAAGCUAAAACAUGACACUGUCCCUAUUGACAAUUAUGUCAAUACUCAUCCCUCAAUCCUUCCUUUGCCCUUUUUAUCUUUCAAUUGUAUUCCCUCAGGAUUCUUUUGUUGGGUGCAAACAUUUCACUUAGUCAAAGUUGAUGCUUAAAGCCCUAAAUCAAUCUAUCGAAGUGAGUCUAGCGCACAGCAGAAAAAGGGUACUGUACCUACACAAGGACUUCAUAACACAUUCAGAACCCAUGCAUACAGCAUUCAAAAACAGUACAUAAAGAUUUUUUCAUGUGUUAUGGACUACCUCUGCUGCGACACGCUAAAGACUGGGCCAUUGUGUAACUCCUCCUGCACCUCUCAGAGGAGUAAAUUGAUCUAGACAAGCAUUCAUUUUAUUAUUGCUGGCUAAACAUAGUGGAGGCGGCGCACAGAGAAGAAAAAACGUGUACUUGCAGAGCAGGUAAAAGCGUUGGGCGGUAUGCCAGUGUAGACCUUCACUGGUGCAGAAACUAUUGAGUCAAGUAGGGACCCAUUUCCAAUACCACCAGUAUCUUUGGAAGUUACACAACCCAGAGAUAUGGUUUAUACAGUGUGUGUGUUUAUUUGAUUGUGUUUUAGGUAGUAUACACUGUUUUCUAAAUAGCUAAUAAAAGUGUGUGUGCGUGUGGACGUAUGCACUUGUGGCUUACUGUGGGUGAUAGAGAAGAUCCUAUGUGUGUGUUUGUGUGUGUGUGUGUGUGUCCUUCUGUGGGUGAAAAAGAGAGGUGUGUGUGUGUUGGUUGAUCACCGUGUCAUCCCCUCCUCUUCCCCAGCCCUGCUGGUGGCUGCCCGGAUGCACGAGUUCCGCCGCACCGUCAAGGACGUGAUUGGAGUGGUGAAAGUGUGCGAGGCCACACUGAGGAAAAGGUACGAGCUAAGGAGGGGAGCAGAUGAGGGCAUGUCUCUGUCAUGGCUAGAACCCUAUUCUGGACAGGGCUCAUAUCCUCUCGCUAUCCACCAAACCUACACUAGCCUAGCUUAGUAGCUUCCAUCAUGUAGGCAAAUGCAGUUUGGUCCAUUGAAGACUGUUGGUAUACACUGUUGGUAAAGGCCUACACUUUCCCUAACCCCACACCCUAACACAUACGCUGCUAGAUGACCAUGCAAUCUCUGGGGUUAAGGUUAAAGUAAGGCUUGAAGUUGGUGGUAAGGUUUGAGUUAAGAAAGAAAUACAUUUUCAAAGUUAUUUAUUGCUUUUAUUUGGAUGUAACAAGAGCAAAAUACAAAUGUUUCAGCUGUUAGGCCAUCAUCAGUGUGUAUAGAGAAAAUGUAUACAUCCGUCCUUUGUAACUUGACCAGAUAGUGACAACUCUCCGCCUCUCCUUCUGUUGUCAAGACUGACAGAGUUCGAGGACACUCCCACCAGUCAGCUGACCAUCGAUGAGUUCAUGCGGGUGGACCUGGAGCAGGAGUGUGACCCACCCUCUUUCACUGCUGGACAGAGGAAGGUCAAGAUGCAGGCGGUACGUUAUCUGACUCUGUCCAGACAUUGGCUUGCUUGCCCUGUCAAUCACCUGUCAGUGUGUUUGAUUGGCACAGCAGCAUGUCUCGGAUGGAAUUGAUAACCAGGCAUUGGCUGGCUUGCCCUAUCAAUCACAUGUCAGUUCGUUUGAUUGGAACAACAGCGUGUCCCGGAUGGAAUUGAUGGCCAGGCAUUGGCUGGCUUGCUCUGUCAAUCAUAUCUCAGUGCAUUUGAUUUGCACAGAAGCGUGGCCCGGAUGGAAGGAGUUGACACUUGAUUUAGAAACUUUUAGUUCCAUGGCGUGACUCGUUCAGUUCUUACGACAAACGUGGAUGAGAAGUAAUCUGGUAUGUGUGACCAGACUGCCAGUUUCCUUAUCAAGUGUCAACUCAUCCAUCCAGAACAUGCUGCUGUGCAAAUCAAAUACACUUCUGAAAGCACUAUCCGUAAAUCUGCAGUUGACUGAAUCGUUUUUUUACCAAGGAGCUUUUUUCACUUUGACUCUCCCUUACCCCAUUUUAGCUUGAACAGGAGUUAGCCAAGAAGCUGGAUGAAGUGCAAGGUAUGUUUGGUUUAUAUUGUGGUAAUAGGUAGCCUCAGCGCAAGCGUUCCACAACCACAAAGUUUUGGAACUUUAAGACUGAGAGCGUUUUUGUUUAGACCUUUGGGCAUUUUGUAAGUAAAUAAAACACAAAACCUCAUCAAAUAAUUGUGAUGUAAUGUAAAAUGUAAAUGAAAUGUAAAAUGUCAUAUAAAAUGCAUGUGAUCAACUAGGUCACUGUACGAUUGAGAGAAUUGUAAAUGUGAAAACAAACACUGUCAUUCUCAGUUUCACUGUCUCUCUACCCCUGCAGGUGAAAUCAGUUUGUACCGAGACGAGAUCGAGACGGAGCUGGAGAACAGCAGGCCAAAGCUCAGAGGGAUCUACGCUGCCUAUGCCAAAGAAAUAGGUGUGUGUGUGGCUGUGUGUUUGCUUGCGUGUGUGGGUGUGUGUGCCCACUGCCUUUAGUGUGUUUUUUUACUAACUCAACAAGAAGCACGUCUAUGUGGCUUCUGUCGUUUUUUAAUCAAGGCGAUGCUGUAGGUCAGUCCUGACAAGGUGCUUCAUCAGUGUCAUGAGGUCACACUUUUGCCCUUUGAAAAUGGCAGGCGGAGAACUGCGGAUGAUUGUCAUUUUGAGUACUCUGAAAAGAGCAGCGUGUGUGUGUGUGUGUGUGUGUCUAAAGUACAGCUACGCACAUAACACCUAUGUGACUCAAUCCCUGAAUAUGUGUAUGUACUGUAUAUAUCCCCAAGACCCAUCCUCUCCCCUCUGACCCUCAGACCCGCUGGAUGAGGUGCUUUCUCAGGCCUCAUGCGCCAGCCCUAGGGAGGUGGACCCCGAGGAGGAUGAGGAGCUGGAGGCAGUCGCCCAACACCUCAACCAGGACUUCCUCUGCCAGGUCAUCCAGGGGGAGAAGCAAGGGGACGAAAGAGGGGGAGAAGGAGGGACAGAGGAGGCACCCCCUCCACCUCCACCACCCAGAGGAGGCCCCUCCCUGGCUUCCAUCCUGGGUCCCCUGCCUAGCGCGGCUAGCCUGGGGCUCAGUGAGUCCAUCCAGGAGUGCAUCGCAGAGGACAAGGACAGC